AACUAGCCCACAGAAAGUUGAGGUAACAAGUCGACUCCAAAAUUAAGGCAAAUUUGAUAUAAAGACAGAAGUCUCCCAAAUGGAAGACCAGUUAUAUCUUUCAGUUAUUUUCAUAUUUUAGCUUCUUAAGGAUAAUUCGGAGAAUAUUUUAUAUACACCAGCUCUUAGACUGGAAUACAGCCCCAUGUCUAAAGAUGUGACCAAUGGAUGCAUCUACAGUUCAAAGAAUUGCAUCCUCUUUUAACAGUCUGUUCGUCCUUUGUGCCAAGAACAAAUUCCUUAUUAAAAUGCUAUAAAAUUAUUUUUACAAUCCAUUUGAUUCUGCAGUUCAUUCUCCCAGACAUAUACAAUUUUGUUAAAAUGUAUUGUUUGCUUGCUAGAUAAUGUUACGUGACUUUAGCUACGACUUCUCUUUCCAGUUGUAAAUAAGGGUUACCAAAUCGGGUUACCAAAUCUGGACUGUAAAAAUCCAAUCAACUACUAGAAGACAGCAGAAGGCUUUUAUGUUUUUGCCCUUCAUGUCUGGUAACUCUAUGUUCCAAUGAAAAUGUAAGGAGACACUGUAAAAUGUAAACAAAUGUUUUUAAAUUCAGUCACUAUUUGUACAAAAUAAUUAUUUCACUCUCUACUAACAGUACUUCAAGAGUUAAUUCUUGUCUGUGUUGAUUGGAAGUUUAAGCAGUCACGCCCACUUCCGCAUUCUGAUGCAUCAUACCCUUCUCACUACAAGAAAAAGAACAAAUCAGCUAUUUUCUGCAAAAUUGCUACAGAGGAUGAGUAAAUAGAUCUGAUGCUCUGAGCUCUUUUCACUAAAAUGGGGAUUAAGCAAGACUCUACAAGUUAAAAUGCCUAUUGUAGAAAAUUAAGAAUUGAUCACGGCUACAAUGAAAACUUGGCUCCUAUUGACAACUGGAUUGUUCUAUCUGUCCUUCUGUUUGUGCCGGAAAGGAAACAAGUGUGGCAACAGCAGCUUGAACUUUCAAUAUGAUAAAUCACUCCCCAUUAGGACUUUCUAUGGCACUCCGCAAGGCAUGUAUGAGCCAAUACCUAUUUCCGCCCUAGAUGGACUGACAAAGCCCAAUCACAAAAAAGAAAAGUGUCCUACGGAAAUAUCCAACAUCUCAUCAUUGAAAGUAAAUAAUAUCACCAUGGAGUACCUUACUAGCUCACUGAGUGUGAAGAUGUUACCAGCUAUAUACAUAGCUGUUGUCUUAAUAGGAGUACCAGCCAAUGUUGUAACACUGUGGAUGCUGUUUUUCAGAAUCAGAUCAGUCCGUACUGCCAUAUUCUACACAAAUUUGGCUAUUUCGGAUUUCCUUUUCUGUAUUAUGCUGCCAUUCAGAAUUGCAUACCACCUGAAUGGCAAUAACUGGAUAUUUGGAGAAGCAAUGUGUCGAAUCAUGACUGUCAUCUUCUAUGGAAAUACGUACUGCUCCACCCUGCUUCUCACUGGUAUCAGCAUCAGCCGUUACAUGGCCAUUGUUCACCCGUUUACCUUUAGGACUCUACCUAAAAAGUUCUUAGCUACUUUAACUUGUGGUGUGGUAUGGACGGUUGUUUUUUUAUAUAUGUUGCCUUUGAUAAUCAUGAAACAAAGCUAUCAUCUGGACCAGCUAAAUAUCAUUACCUGCCAUGAUGUUUUUAAUGUUUGUGAAACCAUGCUCCCUUUCCAACACUACUACUUUAUCUUCCUUGCAGUAUUUGGAUUUAUGUUUCCACUUUGCAUUGUUAUUUUUUGUUACAUUUCCAUUAUUCAAACACUCAAGGCUUAUGAACAAAAGUGGUUCUGGUACAUCAAAAUUAGUCUUCUUGUCCUCAGCAUUUUUGCUAUUUGUUAUACUCCCAGCAAUGUUAUACUGAUUGCUCAUCAUCUGAAUUAUUAUUACAGUUCCAAAGAUAAUUUGUAUUUCUUUUAUCUGAUUGCUUUAUGUCUAAGCAGCCUGAAUAGUUGUCUUGAUCCUUUUCUUUAUUUUCUGAUGUCCAAAGUCAAUGAUAAUACCAAGACCUAUCUCACCAUGGUUAAAAUAGCUCAAGAAGAAAAAACAUGACACGUCUCCCAUGAUAUUUGAAAAAGUUACAGAUACAUAAUUUUUUGACAAUAUUAUCUAUUAAGACUUCUAUUUUUAUAAUGUCAAACAUCAAAUUUCAUGCAAAUACUUAAUUCAUAUUUAUACCACUGGGAAAAAUGUUUCAUUCACAGGGUUAAAAGUUACACUUUUAGCUUGGUUUGAUCAUGUUUUGGUUGUAGUGUAUCUUCAUAAUUGACAACAAAAAAUAAAUAACCCUGGACUUUUUCUUGCAGCAAUGAGUGAUUCUUUAAAUUUAAGCAAUGUUAUAUUUCUAACAAAUCUCAAAAAAUAUUUUACAUUAUGAUUUAAUGUUUAGUUUUAAUGAUUAGUUAGCUAAAUUUGAAUGCUAUUAAUUAUCAGAUUUCUUAACGAAUCUUCAACUUGUUGACCAAUUUGGUAUUUAAUCCUUUUAAAAAAAAUCAAUAAGGUAAUAAUAUACACACACACUUCAUUUAAGCAUCAAAGCUUCUGGUUACACAAACAUUUGGAAAGUGAAGGCUUUAAGAGCCUUUCAUGCUCUGAGUCCCAGUGGAAGGCCUUUGUGUAUUACAGGAGGUUAGACUACGUGAUCUCCAAGGUCCCUUCCAACUCUGUUAUUCUGUUAGUCCAGCUGCAUCAAGCCCUGAAGGAUGUAGGUCUCAAAAUUCUUUGACAAGUGGUUAAGUUCAAUGCAGCCAUGUCGCAAGAAAAUCAGUCUUCUAAAUGAUUUGUACAGCCUUAGUUGCUCCUGGUUUAUGGGCAUUUCCCAAAUUGCAUUGCUAAACUGGAAGAUUGCAUGUAGUGCUUCACAUAAUAGCAGCUAGACAAUAUGAAAAACAUAUGACACCUAUCCUGCGCAGACUGCACUGGCUACCUGUGGCCUUCCGGGUGCGCUUCAAGGUGUUGGUAACCACCUUUAAAGCGCUCCAUGGCAUAGGGCCGGGUUAUCUACGGGACCGCCUACUGCUACCGAAUACCUCUCACCGACCUGUGCGCUCUCACAGAGAGGGACUCCUCAGGGUGCCGUCAGCUAGACAGUGUCGUCUGGCGACGCCCAGGGGAAGGACCUUCUCUGUGGGGGCUCCCACCCUCUGGAACGAACUCCCCCCAGGACUCCGUCAACUUCCGGACCUCCGAACCUUCCGUCGCGAGCUCAAGACGCAUUUAUUCAUUUGUGCAGGACUGGCUUAGAUUUUAAAUUUAGAUUUUAAAUUUAUAGAUUUUUAAACUCACAGGGGUUUAAAUUUGGUUUUAAGAUUUAUAUUUAUAUUUUUAAUAUUUGGCAUUAGAAUAAGUUUUUUAAUAGUUAUUUUAAUUGUAUAUAAAUGUUUUAUGUGCCUGUGAACCGCCCUGAGUCCUUCGGGAGAUAGGGCGGUAUACAAAUUUGAAUAAAUAAAUAAAUAAAUAAUAAAUAAAUAAUAAACCAGAGUUGUGCAUAAUCUAAGCCCUAGAAUGGGAUGUGGCUUUCAAAUGUUUUGAAUAUGCCCCCAAAUAUUAGCUGAAAUACUGUAGAUACCAAAUUGUCUCAAAGGUGCUUUUUAGAAAGGCAACCGGACUAUGUUUUUUCCCCUUGAAGAAAAAAAAGAUGUUUUGCUUCUCAUACAAGAAACUUUAUCAGUUCUGGCUAGAUGUUGGGGUGGGGUGUGUGGAAAUGCAAGAAUUAGUUCAGACUAAUCUAUCUGUUAUGCGACAACCAUGAUCUGGAUGACUGACACUCUCCAUAGAUGAUAUCAAAUUAUAAUCUUUAAUGUGACAUGAGGAAAAAAACUAUUGUGCAUGUAACAUAUUAACUAUAUUUUAGCUAAAUUUAAAUAUAAAUGAAAUAAAAAUUAGCUUUUGCUCUGGUCCUACAGCAACACCCACCCGUGUAAUUAAGAAAAUAAAAAAUUAAUAGUGAUUCUACUUUUGCAUCAUAGGACUGCAGGAUAGGACAGCUACAUUUCAUAAGUGUGCAGAACAGGAAAAGCUACAGGACAGCUAUAUUUCAUAAUUGUGCAACUGUUUUCAUGCUUUCACAAUAUUAUGUGAUUAUUUUCUCAUUAUGUAGAUAGGCAUGGGUAUAAAGCAGGGUUGCAUUAUGUGUAAGAUUACAAACUGCCCAAUCUCAGAUCACAACCAUAACCUAAGCAUUUUUCUGUUAUAGAAUGUAACAUCCAUAAAGAUGCAAGGAAUUUGUUAGUAACCCCCAAAUCCAUUGUGCAAAUUAAAAAUCCAAUCCUAAGAAUUUCAUUAAAAUUGUUUUACUAUAAAUACAAAUAAUAUAAAUAUUAUAAAUACUAUAAUAGUAUUUAAACAAUGCAUAACAGAGCUUCAAAUUCAUUAUUAAGACAAUUAGAACUUUGAAAAUGUCAAGCUGAGGACAAUUCAUAGUUCCCUAGCACCCCAAAACUCCACAGAAUAUGCAGAAACAAAAUGUUUUGCCUACAUUUUGAGAGAGAGGGAUUAUAGGGAAUUUACAUCUUCCUGAGAUGCCAUCAGCAUAUUGUAAUAAAUAAUUGCAAUGCAUAUAUAUAGGAAUUACAA